AUGGCUUCAAAUAUCUUGGAAAGCGUCUCCUCCAGCAUAGAGGACAUCUCUGAGAGCCGCAGCAUGCUUAGGAUAUUCAACCAGGAAAGUCCAUUUGCCAAUCCACUCCUUGCCAUAUUCAAUUCUGCGUCUUUUCAAAUCGCAGUCCUCGCCUUAUUGACGCUUCUUGUUUCGACUUAUACGCUAUCUUUAUUCAACUUCAUCCGGACUCGAAGCAGCCAGAGGCCCGGAAAGCCAGCACCAACCCUUCCAUACUACCUCCCAGGACUAUGCCAUGCUUUCGGCCUAGAAUGGAGCAUGGCCAACUUCCUGGCUAACACGGUUAAACGCUGGGGCUAUCUGUCACCCAUCGGAGUCCGCGCUGGAUCCUUCAGACUCACAAUGAUUGUCAACCCAAGUCAUAUCAGAGCCAUACUAAGGUCCUCUAAAACCCUGACGAACAGACCUAUGAUGGCUUUUGUCAUGGAGAAAUGGUUCUGCACGCCCAAGCAAUCUUUGCACUUCUAUGCUGCUCAUGAUCCCAGCGUCUCAACACCGGGAGAAAGGCCUGAGCAUAUGCAUGAUUUCCAAGUGAAGAUCAGCCUCAAGUACUUGUCAGGAAAACACCUCCUAGCAAUGUCGGAGAGAUACCUUGCAAUUCUCAAGAGCAGACUAGUGAAGCUCGAGAUUCCAACUGACAGUUGGACAGAGAUCUCGGAUUUUUACGCAUGGCUUCAGAGCCAGGUCACUCCCUCGGUUAUUGAAGCCCUGAUGGGUUCGCGAAUUCUGGAAAUAUAUCCUGACAUCGUGGAGGACUUUUGGAAAUUCGAGCAUCAGGUCGCCAAUUAUUCCCGUGGCUUGCCUCGCUGGAUGAUUCCAUCUGCAUAUAAAACUCGGGAUCGUUUGCUGGCGAAUAUCAAAGCAUGGAGUCAGCUUGCAAAUCGCAAAUCGGAUUAUACGCAGCAUGGGGAAGAGGGGCCUGAGUGGGAUGAAUUCUUCGGGACUAAAUUCAUCAAAGCUCGUGAAGAUUAUUUGAGGAAGUAUGGUAUGGAUGACGAUGCAAUCGCAUCUGAGCACCUUGGCCUUCUUUUUGGAUCUAAUGCAAAUACCGUCCCCGCUGUCUUCUGGUAUAUUUUUGAAUCUUUCAAGGACUUGAAAUUGCAAAAAAAUAUGAAGACCGAGCUCCAAGAUUGUCUGAGUCCAGAAACUGGCAACUUGGAUAUUUCGAAGUUUUCCACUAAACCUCUGUUGCAAUCCACUUACGCAGAGGUAUUGCGUAUCCGCGUCACAACCACCACGAUACGCACAAAUGAGGAUGCCAACUUCAAGCUAGGACCAGAUUACACUAUUGGCAAAAACAUGACAAUGACAAUAUUCUCUUCGAUUACGGCUUAUAACAGACAAGCCUGGGGAGCCACAAGACCUGAGAGCGUUGUCAAGCCUCUGGAUGAAUUCUGGCCAGAGCGCUUUCUUGUUCGAAAGGACAAAAAUGAUACGAAUUUUAGCCUUGAAGGUUUGACUGAAUGUUGGAUGCCUUACGGUGGAGGCCAACGUAUGUGUCCUGGUCGUCAUUUUGCUAAGAAUGAAAUCAUUGGCACGCUGGGACUGCUCUUGGAAUUGUUUGAAUGUGAGCUGGUUGAUGUUCAGCAAGCUGAACGGGUCAAGCCUGAUACAAGAUGGGUGCCAUACGGAACGUUGCCACCUACGAAGAAGGUGGCCGUGAGACUUCGAAGACGCGCAGAAUGA